AUGAGUAGCAAGCUUUGGGAAUUCUUCUUACGCGAUGACGUUGAAAGCUUCCAGCGGUACCUGGCUGGUGGCCAGCGGGGGCCUGGAGGGUCUCCAAUUUUCCAGUCAGGCAGUCUAGGUACAGUAACCUCGUCUUGCCUGGGCGGUUCACCCAAGCCCAAGAAAUCAGCCGGCACGUCUCCUGCGGCUUCCUUCUCAGAUCGAGGCGGUUCACGGCCGAGCAAGCACCUUUCCCGCGAAGACUUGAACGCGCGAGAUCAACAUGGAAAUACCCUCCUACACCACGUCGCCUCCUCAUCGAAACCAUCAGCCGUCGAUUUUGCGCUCGCCCUCCUCGAAGUACCCUACCUUGAUAUCUACGCGCAGGAUCUGGAAAGUGGAUGGACAGCACUGCACCGGGCUCUUUAUGCGGGUAACGCUACUAUAGCACAAGCCCUAAUGGCCAGGGACGCUCGGGAUGCGACGGACUUGAGUAAACCGGGUUCCCUCUUUCAUCCAAGCGGUGGCCUUAUAAAAAUCAAGGACCGGGAGGGAUACAGCCCUUUUGAUGUCUAUACGGCUACCAUACACUCUCGCGAUGUCAACCCAUCAGCAACUCAAGGGUCCGCCAUCCGGGAAGUUGACUUAGAUGAUGCAGUUUCCGCCGAGUCAUCCGACGAAGAUGAUGCUACUGAAAGCUUCGAGAAGCCAGGAGGCACGCACUGGCUUGGCGACGAAGUCUACACAUUUGGGAGCAAUAAAAACCUGAACCUUGGAGUCGGAGAUCAGGAUGACCGCCAAUUCCCCGAAAGAAUAGCGCUGAAACGUCCAGAGCAUCUUUUGCACAGGUUAUAUCGAGAGUAUCAAGAGAAACACGAAAAUCCAGCUUCAAUAGUACCUCGUGAGUCGAACCUCGGUCAAGGUUUGCCAGCUUUCAUCAGGGCCAAGCCAAUCAAAUUCAAGACCAUCGCAAUGUCGAAACUUCAUACCGCCAUACUUACGACGGAUCCCGAAUCCAACCUCUUCAUGUGUGGGUUUGGCCCUGGUGGCCGCCUAGGUACCGGUGAUGAAACCACAAGAUUUAGCUUUGUUUGUAUCGAGGGUGGAGGCCUUGCCAGCAAAAAGGUUGUAUCCGUUGCUCUCGGUCAAGACCAUACUCUUGCGAUCACAGAUAAAGGAGACAUUUUCAGCUGGGGGAGCAACAAAUUCGGUCAACUGGGUUACGGACUCCCAAGGACAGGCAAUAACGAUGAUGUGCCGAUACAACCAUCUCCAAGGCAGAUUUUCAACCCAUUUAAGAAAGAGGUCAUCCUAGGCGCAGCGGCAUCUGCCAUACAUUCGGUUGUGUUUAGUAGCUCUGGCCUAUACACGUUUGGUAAAAACGAAGGCCAACUGGGACUUGUGGAUUCAGACGCGAGAUCGCUCGAGGUUCAGACGACACCUCGGCGGGUAGGAGCCUCGCUUUUUAGCGCUCCAAUACACAUCGUGUCCGCCAUCGAUCAGGCGACCGCAAUCCUACUUCAAAACCACGAAGUCUGGGUGUUUUCUCAUUUCGGCUAUACCAAACUUUCGUUCCCCCUGGAGGCCAAUUCCCGGUUCAUAAGAAACAGUUUUAUGGCUACUCGAUAUGAUGCGUCGAUAAACCGCAUUGUCAAGAUAAGAACUGGAGGUAGUACCAUAUGUGCUUUGUCAAGCUCGGGGGAUGUCUUCACGGCACAGGUCGACAAAUUAGAGCAUUUACCAAGCUUGACCUCUACGACCAACCCAUCCAAGAUUCGCAACUCCCUGUCUGCGCCCGCGCGAGUUUGGUCUGUAAAGAAAGCGCAUAUGGCUGUCAAAGAUGUUGAUGUAGGACAAGAUGGAUCCAUCAUCAUAUGCACAGCUUCCGGCUCAGCAUGGAGGAAAGAGAAGCGAAGCAGGACGAAGGGUGGGUCAUCGAAGGACUACAAAUUCGCUCGUAUUCCAGCCUUGUCUCGAGUGGUAGGUGUCUGCAGUAAUGCUUUCGGGGCUUUUGCGGUUGCUCAACGCGAGUGCGAUGUGACCAGGGAGCAGAUACGUGUUGGUCCAACAAAACUGUGGGAUGAUAUUCUCCCAUUAUCACCAUUCCAUUCAACACCAAGCUCAGAUGGCAACGGCACACCUACAGCAAUUAGGCAUGCCAUUAUGGGUUGUUCAAACCUUGACUCUUACUUUCCACCCACGGCUGACCCUCCAGCCGGAACAGUUUGGGCCAUGACAACCACUUCUAAUGUACGGGUUCCUAUUCACGAAUUUAUCUUGACAGGCCGCAGCACCGUUUUGAGAAGGGCGUUCCACGAAUUUCGAUCUGAAAGACCCGCCUUUAUGCCUGAUAUUUUUACUAUCGAAAAAGACAAAGGUGGAAAGUGCCAGAUAAUCUUCCAAGGGGUCGAUAUCUGGGUUGUAUUGAACAUCGCAUUCUUUCUCUACAGCGACAAUGUUUUUGAUGUCUGGCAACAGGCUCGAUAUUCGCCGGAAAAUGCUGCCAGAUAUCGCCAGGUGCGAACUGAAGUAAUGCGGAUUGCCACACAAUUAAACCUGCCUGCUUUGGAACGAGCCGCGAUACUGAUGGUCCGGCCUGCUAAGAGCAUCAAAGUCGAUUUUGCACGAGCCCUCGAGGACCCAGCUUUUCACGAAAGCGCCGAUGUCGUAAUUGAUUUGAGUGACGGCCAGAUGACUGCCCACAGCCAAGUUAUCUGUCAGCGAUGUCCCUUUUUCGACACCUUGUUUCACGGUCGUUCUGGUGGCUUCUGGCUACAAUCCCGCCGCAAGAACCCACAGGACAGAAUUCACGUUGACCUCAAGCAUAUUGAUCGAGCCGUUUUUGAAUUCGUCCUCCGAUAUAUCUACACCGAUACAGAUGAUCGCCUCUUUGAUGAAGUUCGAACGAGAGACACUCAAGAAUUGAUUGAUCUAAUCAUUGACGUUGCUUUCGUCGCGGAUGAGUUGAUGGUUGAUAGGUUAGCACAAAUCUGCCAGAAGGCUCUUGGCAAGUUUGUGACUUCUCGCAAUGUUUGCCAGCUUCUUAAUGCCGUUGCCCCGUGCUUUAUAGCGGAGUUCAAGGACGCUGCUUUGGAGUAUAUUUGCUUGAAUUUGGAAGACCUCAUCUCAAACAAAUUACUUGAAGAGCUUGAUGAACAUUUGCUCCGCGCGCUUGACCGUGUCUGUCAUGAUAAUCAGUUGACAGCUUUCCCCAUCUCCCGUGGCCGCAAUUCGUUAGAGUAUAGCUUGGAACGAUACCCAGAACUCGUUUCGGCAAUAGAGUCCGACAAGCGGCGACGGAUCGACUCUAUGAGGCUCAAAUCGCGCGUUGGCAAGCUUGAAAUGCAAGAAGGAAAGCCCCGAGCGUCUUAUGAAAAGACUGCAGUGUCAUCCUCAGUGUCAAAACUCAAGAUGACUUUGGACAAUGACAACCCUUCGACCGCCAACGAUAGUCCAAUUCUCAAGCCAAAACUGUCUGCUGGUGACUUGAUGUUCCAGAUGGAUGAUGAACAGCUGCUGUCCCCUUCUAGUCUAGGAAAAGGGAAAGCAGUGGACCGCGGCACCAAGCUCGUCGAUGAGAAAGAUUCUCGAGCCUGGAACGAUACGUCAAGAUUAGGUUCCAGUUUAAAGGAGACAGGGUCGUUUGUGAAUCGAAGCUACUUGGAUGACCAGAUGGCCUCCCCUCAUGACCAUAUACUUGUCAAGUCUCCCUCGGGGUUCCAAACUCGGGGUGGUAUCAAUGGAUCUGUGUCCCCGCCGCAUUCUUCUCAGGCGCCCUGGAGCUCACCUGUGAUUUCAAGCUCUAAAAAAGCAUUGAAGGACAUCAUGACUGAGUCCUCGGAAAGCCGAGUCUCGAAUCUCAGCCUGGGAAUGUCUGCUCGGAGAGAAGGCAGCGGUACCUUUGCUUCCAAAUUGUCCCAGAAGGAACGAAAAAAGGUACAGCAACAACAAAUGCAAGAGAGAUUUACGGCACAAGAAAAAGCAAAGGAUGGCCCGCAGAAUCCUUGGAAGGUUCCUGCACAAGCUGGGGCCUCAUCAUCCACCGGGCCGCCACCCAGUGCCAGACAAGACCUUUCGACUCCUACCGCGCCCAAGUCUGUUCAACGACCAGGUAUGACCCUUCGUCAGACAGUUGCAGGGGCGCCCUGCCCCAAAUCCUCAAGUCCGGCUCCAUCAACGCAGACCAAAAGUCGCAGUGUCUCGGCCACCACUCACCUCCCAGCAAAAGGUUCCUACUCUGGACCGUCCACCGCAGCGCCUUCAACAUCCCCCAAUCAACCACCUCCGAUCCAGUCUGUCCGUCAUAUUCCACGGGCAGAACCCUACAAAACAAACUUUCACUCGGACUCCGCGAGCUCCAUGUCAUUAGCCACGAUCCUGAUGCAGCAACAAACCGAGAAGGACGAAAUCCGCGAAGCCGCAACUGCCAAGCACAAUUUGCAAGAUAUCCAAACCGAACAAGCGUUCCAGGAAUGGUGGGACAAAGAAAGUAGGCGCAUCCAAGGCAUCCCUGAACCGGAAUCCGAGGCCUCCGCGGCGGCAGGCCAAGACGGUCAAGUUGACCAUGGAGAUCGAAGCGGCCGCAGAAACAAGAGCUCGGCGCAACGCAAGAGACGCGGGAAGGGCCCUCAAGGUGUUCCUGGCAGCGCAUCAUCACCCCAGCCACUACCGCGGAGUGAUUCUGAGGCUGCCGCUGCAGCUAACGCGAGUCCAAUGCCUUCCCGCCAAGAAUCGCACCGACCUUCUCCAUUACAAUCACAGAUUCAGAAAAAAUCUCGUCUGGAAUCUACCCCUAGUUCUUCCCGCCGAGGCGGUCGAGGCGGUAGUGGCUACCGCGGGAAGCAAAAUGAAGGACAGAGGGCGGCCUCAUAA